AUCCAUAAUGCCUCAGCUGGUGUUAAUACAGAUAUUUCACAAUGUGACACUAGCUUUCAUAAAACACCUUACCCCCAAUUUUGUAAUACAGUAAUAUUAUAUACAAUUAGUUGACUCAAUUACUUAUCAUUUGAGGUUCAGAUCCAUGGAAGACCCCGUCUCCCCCCACUCACUACGUUGAUGGCUUUGUUUGCCUUUUACAUACAUGUGCCUUUGGUGUCUGUGCCUGGUUGGUCAGACAAACAAAUACACAUUCUGUUGUUUAGGGCACAAUGAGCUUAUGCAUUGCUUGCCAAACACAUUUUAAUAAUAUAAUUCUAGCACAUAUCCAUAACUCUUCGUACACAUCCCAUAUGUACAACAUGCAAUAAUUUUAAGUAUCAGUGUGGUAUUAGUUUUCCAAUUAUAGUUUACAUGACACCUUUUACAUUCAGAUUAUGAUUAUUGUUAGCUGUAGUAUGUCAGGCCUGAUGGGAGCUGCUAACAGAGCACUGACCCGCAAAUGGGCAUCUGUGUCACACCAUCCUGUAGUAACAAACACUAAAGGGAGCAUUUCCCAUGCAGUGUUUCCCUUUUCUCCUCCUUUUUCACCUCUGUUGUUGAGGUAUUUAAAUUUUGAAAGAAAGGUUUAAUUAUUUAGAUUUAACUUUAUUUCAAACUUAAAUUGUCAAGUCAUCAGUGUAUUAUAUUGUUGCUUGCCCUAAUUAUCAAAAGGAAAAAUCUACUGAAUUAAUGCUUGAGACAAGCGACAGAAGAAGGGCCUGCGAGACUCUCACUUAGAGGAGUGAGCCACUGCAACAGGCUACUGUUUUAUCAAUGCCUUGCAGAUGCUGUACCCUAGAGCCACCUACACUUUUGAGAAAUAGCCUAGUGUCUUAUAAGAUGUUUUCUGAGAUAUGAAUAUCCCUUAAACAUGUUUGUUCUACCAACCUCCUGCUGAGCUGCCAUGGGGCAGGGACAGGUACAGCAUUACUGUCUGUGCAAAAGCACUAUCAACUUUCUGCUUGUAACACCCAUGUUCAGUUCGGGGCUUUCCCAUUGUGGGUUUGGGUUUGGCUCUAUUUUUUGUUUAUUUAUUAGGUCACUAUAUGCAAUUAAUCGCAUAACAAUAUUCCACAACUUAGUUUUGAUUGUCCAAUGAAUACUAGUGGGUUUGCUUAGCACAUACAACAUUGCACUAUAAACCACCUUUAUUGCACUGUGUUCAAAAUAAUUAAAAAAGAAAUAUUAGAAAAGCAAAUUAGAGAGUCCCAAUGAAAAUUCUCUUAGUCUAAGAAUGUGAAAGAUUCACUUAAAAUUACAUGCAGUUUCCUGAGCCAGACAGAUUACCUGUCUAGGUGCUUAUCUGGUCCCAUCACCAUAGUAUUUCAGCACCUUCCAAGUUUUUAAGUGUAGAAAUAAUUCAUCUUCCUUCCUACCCUGGAGGAAGAACAACUCGAUUGUUUUAUAGAGACGUGGCCGUGGGAGGGUGCUGCUGCGUGUGCACAUGUGCGUGUGUGUAGAAGUUAUUGAGGGAAAGGCAACACAAAGAAAGGAAUUCUGCAUUUAGUUCCAAACAUAGGGAGGGGUGAGGUAACAAACAUACAUACACACAAUAGUACUAGGAAUUAUAAGAAGCAUUUAGAAAGCUACAGAUUUAGAAUCCUUUUGGAACAUCUGGUUGUGUGAGCAAGCUAUUUUUAUUAAGAAAUAUUUAUCUGCAGUGAGAAGCUGCUUGCUGGUUGGUUAAUUUCACCAAAACGAUUUGUUAUGCUUGCAGUGCUUUCUCCUAUAGCAAAUGCUGGCCUCUGAUGUCAUAAGUGGAGUAUCUAUGGCAACUUUCAGUGGUACAACUCAUUUUACACUAGGGCUUUAUCUCCUUACUUGGUAUCUAGGAUUAGAACAGCAAAGAUGAGCAGUUUAGAGUACUUAGCAUAUCCAGUGAUUGUUGCCAAUCACAGGCAGAGUACCACCAUGAAGAAAGAACUGGACAUUGGUGACUAUCUCUCUCACAAGAACAAACUAGAACUCGCAAGACCUCGUGUUGAUAAUAAACCCCCACGAGCACAAACUCACCAUCACUUUAAAAUGAGCAAGAUUCAGGAGGACCAGAAGAAAAUUGGUAGAAUCGAAAGAGAAAACAAGCAGCUGGCAGAGAGGUUAGCUACCAUUCAGCGUGGGACAGGGAUGGUGGAUUGCUGGAAUGAAUACUUUCAGAGGAGCUCAAAUAGGGAGAAGCAGAACAGGGAGAUAGUGAGGAUCACUGUUGAAAAUCAGGGGAUUUUGAAGCGACUUGGUGACCCUAAACCUACAUAUGAUCGUAGGAAGUCUGAGAUUGAUUGGCAGAAUUCACGGCACUAUAUCCGGAAUACCACGCGGUAUCUCAUUGCUUCUCGGGAUAGCUAG